AUGUUCGAGCAGUUUAUCAGAUGUGGUGGUGACAAGGACCAAUUCGUCCGCCGCUUCAUGCUCAAGAAAGUCUCCGAGUCCACGAAGGAGUUGGGCGAGGAGGGUGGGUAUUACACUCCCGAGGAAAUGAAGAAGAUGUUGAGCUACUCCCAGACCCGGGCCGACCAGACGGUGGCAUGGUGCAAUGAUCCUGCCAAUGGGGAGGAUCUGGUGUUGACAGACCUCGUCGACAAGAACAUCAAGUACUAUUGGUGCCGCACACGUGUCAAAGGUCUUAAGCGCUUAAGACAGACACAAACUGCAGAGGAGACGGUUGAGGGCGAGGGCACCGGUAGCAUAGGACUUUCGGGCCUGGAUGUCAAUGCGUGCACCCCAGCCAACUUGGGCAUCCGAACGGCUGCUGAUGUUGAGUCUGCAACAACCGAGGCUGAGAGGCUGGAGCUCCAGCAGAAGGAGCUUCUUGCGGUUCAGGAAAAGUGCUCCAGUCUGUUGGACAAGCUAUCUCUAGUCGAUGCCCCUGAGAAGAAGGAUCGUGUGACAGAGAGCCCGGACUUGACCCGGGGCAAGCUGAACAACAUGGCCACGUCGGCUGAAAAGCUUUAUGAGAAAGUGGCUGUGCUCAAUGUGGACGGGCCUGGAGCGCACGUGCCGGCCGAUCCUUCGCAAGCCGGCCCGGAAGAAGGAGGUCGACGGGAGGCGACCGAGACAUCCAAGUUCAUGGCCGAUGCCAUUGGGUCAGGACCCGGCGACGACCUCUUUGAUGCACCACUUGCUGUGGCUGAACAACGAGAAGCCGAUGAUGAAAGCUACAAGCAGAUUGAGAUGUUCAAACCUUCUGUCCGUGAUCUCCCACGGCUGCGGCAGCUAUUGCUGGAAGGCCUCGGCAAUGAUGAUCGUGUGAAGCUUCGCCUGCCACGACCUUUGCUGAGUGCAGGCAAAGCUCUGCUUUCCAUUAGGGAAAAGGUUGGUAGCAUCCUGGACUUGGGGCCCACUGUGUAUAAGAUCGGCCUUACAGGUGAUCCCAUGUUCCGUUUUUACAAGAAGCCUUCGAAGACAAGCUUGUCAGCUGGUUACCGCUAUGAUCUAGAGCAGUAUGAAGAAAUGCAAGUUCUGUUCGCAGGGGCCACAUGGGAUGAAGCUGCCUUAAUGGAGGCUGUGUGA